CCCCCUCCGCCAUCGCCGCCGCCGCCAUCGCCGCCUCCUCGUCCGUCCCUCCCUCCUUCCCCUGCGCCAGCGGGGCCGGCGCCGCUCGGGGCCCGCCCAUGAGGCGGCGGCGGCUGUGGCUGUGGCCGCGCUGGGGCUGGGGCUGGGGCUGGCCCGCGGGGCCCGGGCCGCGCGGCGGGGGCUGGCGCCUGCCCUAGGGGCGGCGGCGGUGGGCCGGGACUGAGGGGCCCCAUGCGGCGGCGGCCGCUCCGCCGCCGGCAGAGGCCCCGCGCCGGCACCGGGCCCCAUGCACCCCAGAAUGAAUGAAAUGAACUUGAGUCCUGUAGGGAUGGACCAGCUGACCUCGUCCUCUGUGAGCAAUGCCCUGCCUGUCUCAGGGAGUCACUUGGGAUUGGCAGCAUCACCCACUCACAACGCCAUACCAGCACCAGGCUUGCCUGUUGCAAUUCCAAACUUGGGCCCCUCCUUGAGUUCCUUGCCCUCUGCUCUGUCUCUGAUGCUCCCAAUGGGUAUUGGGGAUCGAGGAGUGAUGUGUGGUAUACCAGAGAGAAACUACACCCUACCUCCACCACCGUACCCUCACCUGGAGAGCAGCUAUUUUAGACACAUUCUACCUGGUAUCUUAUCUUACUUGGCUGACAGACCUCCACCUCAGUACAUCCAUCCCAACACUAUAAAUGUUGAUAGCAAUCCAGCAUUGUCAGUCCCCAGUAAUCCCUCAGCCCUAGAUCCAUACCAGCCCAGUGGAUCCGUGGGGCUGGAACCCGGAAUUGUCUCCAUGGACUCCCGCACAGUGAACGCGCAUGGUGCUCAAAGUCUGCAUCCUAGUGACAGCCAUGAAGUAGCGCUGGAUACGACAAUCACUAUGGAGAGUGUUUCAAGAGUAACCAGCCCAAUCUCUACAGAUGGGAUGACAGAGGAGCUUACGAUGGAUGAUGUAGCUGGGGAUCAUUCGCAGAUGCCAGAUGGCUCCCGGAAUCACGAACCUUUAGCCGUAGACACGGUGGGCAGUAACUUGACGUCGGAUGCUGUGGGGCAUGGUGGCGUCAUCCCCAUUCACAGUAGCACUUUGGAACUCCCCGUUGUCAUGGAGCCCGACCACAUCGCCGGGCGAGUGACCGGAAUAUCAGACAGCACACUAAAUGACUCCAUUCAUACUGUGGCCAUGAGCACCAACUCUGUGAGCGUGGCGCUCUCUACCUCACACAAUCUAGCUUCCUUGGACUCUGUAGCCUUGCACGAAGUGGGCCUCAGCCUUGAGCCGGUGGCGGUGUCUUCCAUAAAUCAGGAAGUAGCCAUGGGGCCAAGUCACGUGGAUGUGUCCGCAGACAAUCUUGCCUUCGUACCAUCCUCUCUGCAAAUGGAAGACUCUAAUUCAAACAAGGAGAACAUGGCUACCUUGUUUACCAUAUGGUGCACACUGUGUGACAAGGCAUAUCCAUCAGACUGCCCAGAUCACGGGCCUGUCACCUUCAUUCCUGACACCCCGAUAGAGAGCCGCGCCAGGCUUUCUCUCCCUAAGCAGCUUGUCCUCCGACAGUCUAUCAUGGGAGCUGAAGUGGGUGUGUGGACACGAGAAACCAUUCCUGUAAGGACUUGUUUUGGACCUUUGAUCGGGCAGCAAAGCCAUUCUCUGGAGGUGGCUGACUGGACAGACAAAGUAGCCAGUCACAUCUGGAAGAUUUAUCACAAUGGCAUCCUGGAGUUCUGCAUCAUUACGACUGAUGAAAACGAAUGCAAUUGGAUGAUGUUUGUACACAAAGCCAGAAACCGGGAAGAGCAGAAUCUGGUAGCUUAUCCUCAUGAUGGAAAAAUUUACUUUUGCACCUCGCGGGACAUCCCACCUGAACAUGAGCUUCUCUUUUAUUUUAGCCGGGACUACGCACGGCAACUUGGUGUCCCUGAACAUCCAGACGUGCACAUCUGUCACUGUGGAAAGGAAUGUGCUUCCUACGCGGACUUCAAGGCCCAUUUGAGUAGCCAUAUUCACAAUCACCUCCCCAGCCAGGGGCACAGCAGCAGCCAUGGGCCAGGCCACGGCAAGGAAAGGAAAUGGAAGUGCUCCAUGUGCCCCCAGGCUUUCAUCUCCCCUUCCAAACUCCACGUCCACUUCAUGGGGCACAUGGGCAUGAAGCCGCACAAGUGUGAUUUCUGUAGCAAAGCUUUCAGUGAUCCUAGCAACCUACGGACACACCUCAAGAUACACACAGGUCAGAAGAAUUAUCGCUGUACCCUCUGUGACAAAUCGUUCACCCAGAAGGCUCACUUGGAAUCGCACAUGGUCAUUCACACAGGGGAGAAGAACCUGAAGUGCGAUUACUGUGAAAAGCUAUUCAUGCGGAGGCAGGACCUCAAGCAGCAUGUACUUACUCACACACAAGAACGGCAGAUCAAGUGCCCUAAGUGUGACAAGCUGUUCCUGAGGACAAAUCACCUGAAGAAGCAUCUCAAUUCACAUGAAGGAAAGAGGGACUAUGUCUGUGAAAAAUGCUCCAAGGCUUAUCUAACCAAAUACCACCUCACUCGCCACUUAAAAAUAUGUAAAGGCCCUACAUCAAGUCUGUCAGCCCCAGAAGAGGAAGAGGAGGAGGAUUCAGAGGAGGAAUUAAUAGACUCUAUGAGGACUGAAGACUGUAGAAUUAACAAUGGAGUAUAUUCAACAGGUGAUGCCCUCUCAGGACACAAAUGAAGAAAGUGAGAGGGAAAUCUUCUUGGAUGUUAAAAUUGGAAGGAAAAAUCUCUUCCUUGUUUCCCCAGUCAGUAUCUUACAUCAAUUGAGGAGUUUUCCUUUUGUUUUGGUCUCCCUGCUACCACCACUUAAUAAACUCUGUAGCCAAAAUGUUGAAUGAGAAUGGAUCAUGCACUUACCGUUGACAAUGAACAGUUACUAAGGAGAAAAUCUGAUGCAAGGAGAUUUUUCAUGUACGCUGUGCAUACUUGUUUUUCCAGAUCACUCAGAUUAUCCAGCCACUGCCAGGAUAUAUGAGGCACCUUGCACAGUCCUUUGAGUGAAGAGCCACAAACCAGAAAUACAGUUGAGCGAUUGGAGUGACCUGUGAGCCAACUGUCCUGAACUGCCAAAGCCAUGAUAGUAAGAAAACCAAACAAACACAAAGUUGGUGUUGGUUGAUUUUUUCCCCCCCCCUAUACUUUAACUGAAGGAUGUGGUUUGGCACAGAGCAGAGAAUAUCAAUGCUCAGGUUUCCUUCUAAGGGUACAGAUUUAAUGCUUUGGUUAAAAAAAGCCAGCUAGCGAAAUCAGCAUUUGUGGACAAAGCAAUUACCCCACUACAGAAGUGUUCAGAAAAUCAAAAAUUGGCUCUCGGAAAAUGGUAUUGCCUCUUCUUGCUCUGGGUCACUAGGACAUGUAAGUAGGUAAAGAGGGAAAGACUGUAUUUACACAGUAAGGAAGAGGCUUACAGAUGAUCAGACAGUGUUUACAGUAUGUAUUACUUAUUGUUGUGCUGUAAACCUUUUACCACCUAGAGUGAUGGGAGGGUUUGCUGCUAUUAUUAUUUAUGGAAUGAAAAUGUAUUUCAUUCAAUUGUUUUCCUUUUGAAAAAUUAAAAUGUGGCUCUUUUCUAA